AGCACGAGCGCUGAGUAACGUAACACAGGGGGCAAACGAGGCAACACGUGACGUAUAAAAGUCAAUAGAAAAGGCUAAAACACUACUAUGUUAACAAAAUCGAAAAAAAACUUGCAGGGCAACUGGGUACAGAGGAACUGCUUAAGAACCAUGUCCGCUCGACCACCAUCUACCCAGGGGGCUUGUCCAGAUGGAGGCUGGGGCUGGGUUGUGGUCUUUAGCUCCUUCAUCACCAUUGGCUUCUCCUUUGCUAUGCCCAAAGCCAUCACAGUGUUCUUCAAGGACAUUCAGGACUACUACUCAGUCUCCUCCAGUGAGAUAGCCUGGAUAUCCUCCAUCAUGCUGUCGUCUAUGUAUGCUGGUGGACCUAUUAGCAGCAUGCUGGUCAACCGUUUUGGAAGCCGCCCAGUGGUUAUGGUCGGCGGCUUGAUGUGUAGUGUUGCCAUGAUAACUGCUUCUUUUGCCAACUCCAUUACACAUUUGUACAUAUGCAUAGGAGUGAUCGGAGGUUUUGGACUGUCUUUUAACCUCCAACCCUCACUGACCAUCAUUGGGAAGUACUUUGUGGUCAAAAGACCUAUAGCCAAUGGGGUGGCCAUGACCGGAAGUCCAGUAUUCCUUAGCAUCCUGGCACCCUUCAAUCGGUUCCUGUUUGACCACUUUGGUUGGAGGGGGAGUUUCCUCAUUCUUGGGGCUCUGAUGUUGAACUGCUGUGUAGCUGGGGCCCUCAUGAGGCCCUUGGGUGACCCGCAACCAAGGUGCCUUACCACACAGCCCAAUGGCAUCCCAGCCGGAGCAGCCCAGUACCAGAAGCAGACAGGGGCUGUUGUGAUGGGACAGAGCACCACACAGCUGAAGGGAGGCUUCAUGAGGAGUGUUAACAAAGCCCUGGACCUCUCCCUCUUCAAACACAAGGGCUUCCUCAUCUACAUUGUGCCCAAUGUGCUUUUGUUCCUGGGGCUGUACGCCCCUGUGGUGUUCCUGGCGCAGGCUGCAAGGAGCAAGUAUGCAGAUGAAUACUCCUCCGCCCUCCUCCUCACCAUCAUGGGAUUCGUGGACAUGUUUGUUCGCCCAGGGACCGGGUUCAUAGCCAACACCAAGUUUGUCAGGCCAAGGAUCCACUAUUUCUUCAGCUUUGCUAUCGUCUUGAAUGGUGUGUGCCACCUGCUCUACCCCCUGGCUCGUGGGUACUGGGGCCUGGUGGUGUACACUGUGUUCUUUGCCGUCGCAUUUGGCAUGCUGUUUGCUCUUGUUUUUGAGUGCCUGAUGGAGAUGGUAGGACCCCGGCGCUUCUCCAGUGCUGUGGGACUGGCUACCAUCAUAGAGAGCUGCCCAAUGCUGCUGGGGCCACCUUUAGGAGGAGCCCUAGUGGACAUCACAGGUGACUACCAGUACCUGUACCUGACCUGUGGGUCCAUCAAUCUGACUGCAGGUGUCUUGUACUUCAUCUUGAACAUCUACUACUACAGGGUCCUGGAGAGGGAGCAGGGCCAGGGGCAGGUCCGAGAUGAACAGUCCCAGGAGAAGGGCCUCAUGCUGGGGGUGAAGGAGAGAGGUCAGCCCUUAGCAUCUGAAUCAGGACAGGCAGUAGUGGAACAGACUCAGGCUCAGGCCUUGGAGGAGACCACUGCCCAAGAGGAGGAAAUCAAAAUAAAACAAAAAGCAGACGAGUCUAAGUAGCACAUUAUUUUCCAGUUAAUAAGUAGAUUAUUUAAUGCUUUUGUAAGGUACUGUCUACUGUCACCUCACCUACCUCACAUGCAUAUAUUUUUUAUGUAUAUGCCUUUUUAGGUGGUUGUAAUGUCAUUGAAUCUCAGGGAACUUCUUUCAUGCAUUCAGUUGUAGUCUUGGCAGACAUUGUGUAUUGUACUGUUUUUUUCCCAGUAUUUGGUAUCAUUCUGAGGAACAGUGAGUAUUUUUCAAAGUGUUAAGUUAAAGCACAUAACUGAACGUAUGGACACAGAUGCAUUGUAGUGGUGGGUCUCUCAAGUGAAACACUUCAUUUUUAUGCAGUGUUAAUAUUUUUGUUGAUGUUGUUGCCAAUUCAUGGCAUGCAUUUUUUAUGAACAAACUGAACAUCCUAAAUAGAUUUAUAUUGAAAAACAUGUAAAGUCUUUAAUAAUACAGUUUACCCCAACAGAUCA